AUGAAGAGGCCUUGUGAGGACAGUACAUCUGACAGCGACAUGGAUGAAACUAUUGACGUGGGCAGCGAGAAUAAUUAUUCAGGGCAAAGCGGCGGGUCAUUUGUAAGAUGCGGCUCCCCCACGACAACCUCCCAGGUCAUGGCUAGGAAAAAGCGAAGAGGGAUCAUUGAAAAGAGACGAAGAGAUCGGAUUAAUAAUAGUUUAUCAGAGUUGCGUCGCUUGGUUCCAACUGCUUUCGAAAAGCAGGGAUCAGCCAAACUCGAGAAAGCAGAAAUAUUGCAGAUGACAGUGGAUCACCUAAAGAUGCUACAAGCCACAGGCGGAAAAGGGUACUUUGAUGCCCAUUCAUUGGCCAUGGAUUUCAUGAGCAUUGGUUUUCGGGAGUGUCUGACCGAGGUGGCUCGCUACCUGAGUUCAGUGGAAGGGUUGGACUCUAGUGACCCACUGCGUCUCCGCCUGGUGUCUCACCUGAGUAACUGUGCCUCACAGAGAGAGGCAGCAGCCAUGACCUCCACCAUGGCCCACCACCCACAAGCCCUCCACCCGCACCACUGGGCCACGCUCCACCCCCUCUCUGCCGCAUUCCUGCAGCAGAGCACACUGACCUCUUCCUCAGAGAGCACCUCCAGCAGGCUGUCAGAGGCACCGCAGCGGGGUUCUGCACUUCUCAGCACUUCGUUCUCGCAUUCUGACUCUGCUUUGAGAGCCCCCUCUACAGGCAGUGUAGCACCCUGCGUACCACCGCUCUCCACGUCUCUUUUGUCGCUAUCGGCUACCGUACACGCUGCUGCUGCCGCCGCUGCCGCCCAAACCUUUCCUCUCUCCUUCCCUGGAGGAUUCCCCAUUUUCUCCCCCAGCAUCACAGCAUCGUCGGUGGCCUCAGCGGCGGUCAGCCCUUCCUUAUCCACGACCACACCCACGCCCCAGCAGACCAGCAGCCAGAGCAGCAGCAGCAGCAGCAAACCGUACCGACCGUGGGGAACGGAAGUGGGAGCUUUUUAA